AUGAAACACAAAGAUGCUCGCGGUGGUUCGACACCGUACUUUGCCAUAACGAAUAACAAGACAGGCGAAGUGUUGUUGGAGGUAGCGGGGCCGCUUCCACCCACCGCGGCGUCUCCUCCCCCCGUGGAAGAGGAGUGCUGUGGUCUUUUCAACGAUGCCCUUAUCUUCAUAACAGAGGUUCAGACGAGGAGCUACGAUUUGUUCGGUCGCAUUGUGGCAAAACCGACUGAGUCCCAUUCAACCUCCAGCGCCUCGGCGGGCGCCGCUAAACCGCGGGAUCGCUUCAUGGAGGCGAUAAUUCCCGAGGAGGCAACAAAUUCAAGUGUAAUAAAUUCGGCGGAGUGGGAAGUUGAUGGUGAGGAUGACGGUGUUAAUGACGAAUGCGACCAGUUUAGCACAAAUAGCGGUGACGCCGGCACUGGGGUUGAUUGUAACAUCUUUGCAGUCGGCCCGCCGCCAAAAAGAGUGAAGAAGUGA